GCAUAAAUGUUGUUGUUAUGUUGUGUAGCAAUUGGAGAUGGAGUACCCAGGAGCCAAUGCCCUUCUAGUAACUGUAACCGAUGACGAAUCAAGAAGGAUAGAGCAGCAACCAGAUUCUGCAACGAAGGCUGAGAUCAUGAAGGUGUUGCGAGAUAUGUUCGGCAAUCACAUCCCUGAGGCCACAGAUAUAUUGGUCCCAAAAUGGUGGUCGAACCGGUUCUUCAAAGGAACUUUCUCAAAUUGGCCCAUUGGAGUCAGCCGUUACGAGUUCGACCAGAUAAGGGCACAAGUUGGAAGGGUGUAUUUCACAGGAGAGCACACUAGUGAGCACUACAAUGGAUAUGUGCAUGGUGCAUACCUUGCAGGUAUUGACUCUGCAAAUAUGAUGAUCAACUGCAUCAAGAAGAAAAUGUGCAAAUUCCAGAACCUGCCUAAAGGGACUUAAGUGUGAUCUUGCUCUUUCUUUCUUUUUUUUUUUUUUUUUGGGAUUUGGAGGGGAAAGGGUGUUAAGGUUGUACCAUCAUUUCCCAUGAACGAUUUUUCAGAGCUUAGCUUAAUUUGCAUUCUAUUCUGGCAGUAAGAGAUGCUCUGCAUCAAUUUUCUGCUUGAAGAAAGUAAAAUCAAUGUCUUUAAGAUUUU